GUAAUAUACAAACAGUCUAUUUAUAUUUAUUAACCUGCAUCCCAUCCAUCUUAACUAUUAAUAUUAAUAUUAAUAUUAAAUUAAUAUUAAUAAAUAGUCUUCCUAUUAUUUCUAUUAAUUAUUAAUUAUUUUAUCUUUAUUCUGAUCUUUCGAGUCAUUUUUUCAUCAAUUAGUACCAUUUGGAGAAAACGAAUUAACAUUAACAGCUUCUUAUUCUGGGGGAAAUAAACCAACAAAUAAUCAAACACCACAACAACCAUUAGUUAAUAAUAAUAAUAACAACAACAACAAUAAACAAUUUUAUCAACAAAAUAAAAAUACUUCACAAAUGAAUCAAUUUUAUCAACAACAACAACAACCACAACAGCAACAAUCUCUACAACAACCACUUCAACAACAAUAUCAACAACAAUACCAACAAUAUCAACAACAAUAUCAAUCUCCUCUACAAACACAAAUCCAACAAAAUAUUUCACAAACUACAACUACAUCUACUAAACCAAUUAAGCCUUCAAAGGAAAAUAAAGAUGAUUCAGACUCAUCAGAUGUAGAGCGUGAGAAUAAAAAGAAUAGAAAUAGAGUAAACCAAAAUUUAGCAUCAAGAAAUUACAGACAAAGAAAGAAGGAAUAUAUUAGGGAAAUCGAAGAGAAAUUGGCAGUAUUGGCAUUGGAGAAUGAUCAAUUAAAGAAAGAGAAUAUUAAUUUAAAAAAAGGUGGCGGUGUCGAAAUUAUGAAACCUGACCCAGCAUUUAUUACAAUGAUGAUGGAGGCAAAACAAAUUAUUAUUCAAUUAGAUGUUGCAAUUAAAAAGAAUGAUGAAAGAUCUUUAAUUUAUCUUUUACAACUCUUCCACCUUUCUAUAGAAAAACGUCAUACCAUUGUCGAAAGAGAGGUCGAGAAAAUGGUUCAUCCAUAUACACAGGCUAAAUUGGCUGCAAUGGGUUAUGUUCCAUCAUUAGAAAAUCCUAUGAUUUCAUCAAUUUCAGGUCCAUCAUCAGACGGCUGGUGGUCAAUGUAUAUCUCAGAGGCCCAAAUCACUGAAGAGCAAGCUAAAGCAAUUAAAACACUUAGAUCCAAUCAUUGGAAAGCUGAUAUCGAGUUAAGAAACGAAAGAGAAAAGCUUGAUAGAUCCAUUAAAGAGUUUUAUUUAAAUAGAGUUAUGGUAUUCCCAACUAACGAACGUUUAAACAGAUCUUUUGCAACUAAUUUAUCACUCAACGAUGGCCCAACCCCUAAUCCAGUUAGUGUAAGACCUUCUCCAGGUUUAGCAUUAUUAAAUAGUGUACAAAAUGGUAACAAUGCCGAUGAUAGCAAUAUUGCAGUUAAUGGUACAAUUUCAGUUUGUAACGAUUUGGGCUAUAGCCCAAUUAAUGCAAAUAUUGAUAUCUCAGAAAUUUUAGAGUUUACAAGAAAAUUAGAAGCUUUAAAAAAGAAUUUUGUAAAACAAAGAACUUUAAUGGAGGAUACUCAUUCCGCUCUUAGUAGUAUUUUAACACCAAAACAAGAGGCUAUGCUUUUGGUUAGAGUUCAUUCAUCAACUAGAUACGAUUUUGCUAAUAUGGAGAUGUUAAAAAAUGUUUGGGGCAGUGUCAUCGCAAAAGAUACUACCACAUUUCCUCCAAAUUUCCCUCAACAACUACAACCACAACAACAAUUACAAUUACAACAACCUGUACAAACUAGUCAACAACAAUCAAUUCCAAAUAACUUUAAUUUACAAAAUAUAGAUAAUAACCAAGCUCCAAAUAUAUAUAAUAAUUUAAACUCGGGCAGCCCAAUCCCAACUUCGCCAUAUAACCAACAAAAUAUAUCGAGAUAAAUAAAGAAUUUUUUUUUAUUU